AUAUAAUAAACAAGAAGGGAAUUCCCUAAAUUCCUCAUUCCUAAGUCUCUGAUUUUAGGCAAUUUAAUACAGAGUGAGAUGUGACAUGCAUUUCUACAAUAUAAAGUAAUGUGUACAGAAACUAGCAGGGGCUUGCGUAGGAAUUUAAUUUUGCAAGCUUUUGGAGCUGUGUGGUAAACACAUAGCUAUUAAGCAUGCACAAAUUCGCAUGUUCUUAACGUGUUGAAUUUUUUUUGAGGGAGGGAAAUAUGUUCUUUCUGGUUAUUGAUAACUGUCAACAGAACUUGUAUACAUAACAUGAGGGUUUUAUUUUGCAUCAGGAUGAAAAAUAUCGAUGAUCAAUAAUUUUAAUGUAUUUCAAGCAGAGAUCUAUUGAUUUAUGGACACAGAGGGUAUCACGCACUAUGGAAAUAAGAUUGAGAUUGAGCCACAACCUUUCUGCAUCUAGUUCUUAUAGCUAUUACCUGGUAUUCUUAAGUAAGUUGUGUGGCUAUUAAUAAAUCAAACUGAGUAACUGCCUGCAUUUGUUGUGGAAUUGAUUUAACGUCAGAAUUUUUUAAACAUUGUAUUGAGCUAUGAUAGGGCCAAAUGGAGUUAGUCAGUAACCUCAAAAAAUAAAAAGAUAAAUAUUUAAAAGAUGUAGCUCAGGGUGAUCAGGAUGAUUUUAGAUCCAAACAGAGCAUGUUAUGAAGUUAUUUAUCGAUUAAACAUUUUCACUAAGGAAAGAUAAACUGGAGAUAGUGUACAUACUUUCAAACUAGAAUACAGAUGGAGUAGAAAUAAAACCUUGUCUUGAACAAGAUUAGGUUACAAAACAGCAGGACGGGAAACAUUUUCAGCCGAGAUAGUACAGAUUAAGCCAAAGAGCUUUAUCAUUUUUUUUUUAAUCACGUGAAACCAUGUAAAUAUAUUAGGGAAAAACCUUAAAUGAUUCAAACAAGUGUGUUAAGAGGUAGAGAGGUUUAAAGAGGAAUUUAAUGUUUCAUUCAUUAACAUCGAAGGUCUUUUCUUACUGUGGAUUUCAUUAAUUUUGGCCCAGUACUACACAAGAGAACAUAUUAGGCAGGAAAACGUUGACAAUAAGUGCUUUGAGCAAUAGGAGAAGAGAAAAACUCCGAAAAAGACAUGCCAUUAUUAGCUCCGUGACGUUUCCACAAUCCAGGGGGAACUUUAUUCAAGCCAACACGUCCUCGGGUCGAAAAUAUCAAAUGGGCGAAGUAUACCGCAUCCUUUAUUUGUUCUUGGGUACACUUGCCUAGCAGUUUCUCAAAAAUAAUAAAAAAAAACUACCUUUUGGAUGCAUUGUAGGUAGAAUGAUCACUGCAGUUUAGUAAUGCCCUCGACACUUAAAGCACAAAAGGACGGCACAGUCUAGCCUCUUUGGAAGCUAUAAAACGUAGUCAUUUUCCAAAGUAAAAUGACAGACACAUAGCACGAUCUGAGAAUAGAGACAGCACCUUCUGCAGUUCUACCUUAAUUCCUCGGCCGGGCUUUAAUCACCUGACACGGCGGCGCCGCCAUUUUGGCGGUGAGUGCCCGAGAAACCGGAAGAGCCCGGCCCGAGGGGGCAGGAAAGGAGGGAGGGAGGGAGCUGAGAAACGCUCGCCGAAUAUCGCCGGGCUUCCCACCAAAUACUCCCAAAUCAGAUAUGCUUGAAAAUUCCACUUGCUCUCUCGGUUAGUCGCGCGAGCGAGCUUUUCUCCCCGAGGAAAUAAACGCUUUCUUUUUGGAACAAUUCGAUUUCGCUUACGGAAAAGGGCAUAAAAUUUGUUGACUCGAUAAGUUUUCCUCUUUUUUUUCCCCCUCUGAAUUCAAGUGUCUUGUCAUUUCGAUUUUCUUUGGUGGGACCGAGGGGGUCCUGAAGCUUUUUGGAACACCUUCCGUGCUAUUUUGUCGCCGUAUUUGGUCAGAGUGUAGCGUCUAUACCCAAGGAGGGAUCGGAUCAUGUCGGGCCAGUCGAUCACGGACAGGAUCACCGCGGCCCAGCACAGCGUCACCGGCUCGACCGUUACCAAGGCGGCGUGUAAGGCCACCACACACGAGGUGAUGGGCCCUAAGAAGAAGCACCUUGACUAUUUGAUCCAGUGUACCAAUGAGAUGAAUGUGAACAUACCACAGAUGGCUGAUACUUUAUUUGAGAGGGCAACCAACAGCAGCUGGGUUGUAGUGUUUAAGGCAUUAAUCACAACACAUCACUUGAUGAUGUAUGGGAAUGAGCGGUUUAUCCAGUAUUUGGCUUCAAGAAACACAUUGUUCAACUUGAAUAACUUUUUGGAUAAAAGUGCCAUGCAAGGAUACGAUAUGUCAACUUUCAUCAGACGAUACAGCAGAUACCUUAAUGAGAAAGCACUCUCCUACAGACUAAUGGCAUUUGACUUCACUAAAAUGAAGAGAGGGACGGAUGGAGUAAUGAGAACAAUGAAUACAGAGAAAUUGCUGAAAACACUGCCACUAAUACAGAAUCAACUUGAUGCACUGUUAGAUUUUGAUGCAAAUCCAAACGAACUAACUAAUGGAGUAAUAAAUGCCGCCUUCAUGCUACUGUUCAAAGAUUCCAUCAGGCUUUUUGCUGCCUACAAUGAAGGGAUCAUCAACCUACUGGAGAAAUACUUCGAUAUGAAGAAAAAUCAGUGCAAGGAGGCCUUAGACAUCUAUAAAAAGUUUUUGGCUAGAAUGACAAAGCUAUCUGAAUUCCUCAAAACUGCAGAGCAAGUUGGAAUUGAUCAGGGUGACAUUCCAGAUCUAACUCAGGCUCCAAGCAGUCUCCUUGAAGCACUGGAGCAGCACCUGGCAUCUCUGGAAGGGAAAAAGACAAAAGAACUCUCUGCAGCAAACAGAGCAACAACCCUAUCGAAUGCAGUUUCCACUCUUUCCAAUACAGGGAUGUCUUUGAGUAAAGUUGACGAGCGGGAAAAGCAAGCAGCUCUGGAAGAAGAACAAGCUAGACUACAAGCUCUCAAGGAACAGCGGCAUAAAGAGCUACCGAUACAAUCACAGUCUGCAACUGCAUCCACCACUGUGUCUCCAAGCUCCACAUCAGGGAAAAGCAUAAAUACAACAACAGCAGUUGAUCUAUUCUCAGUUGCCACACCAGUAACAAGUACUAACAGUGCACCCAGUCUUUCUGAUGAUAUCUUCAAUCUGCAGUCAGCUUUUGUACCAACAGUGCAGAGCACCCCUGAAAUAUCAAAAUCAGUAGCUAAUGCUUGGGGAGAUGUAUUCAACUCUUUUGCUGAACCAAGUCCUGCUACAUCCACAAAAAUUGAACAUUUUCCUGAGGUAGACAUCUUUGAUGCAGACUCUUUCACCUCAAAAGGAUCAGCUUCUGUUCUUGAAGUUAUUUCUACCCAUGACCCCUUUCUUGGAUUUACUCCUCAGCCUGUUCCUCAGAUGAUUGCUCCAACACCAAUGAAUGUGGACUUCGAUUCGGUGUUUGGAUCCAAGUUGGGUGCCAAUGAUGCCCAGAAUGCAAGCGGUUUCGGUCAACCAGGUGAAAUGUUGAUGCCAACUCUCCUUGCCAAAAAUCAGACAGCACCACCAUCAAUGAGCCAACAGAAUAACAAACUAUUAGCAACGGACUUGGAUUCAUCCCUCGCAAACCUUGUGGGCAAUUUGAAUUUUGGAGGAACCCCAAUGAAAAAAAUGGAUCAGCAGUGGACCCAGAGUGGGGAAAAGAAAUUGACAGGAGGAACAAAUUGGCAACCAAAGACCACUACAUCAACCUCCUGGAGUGCAGCACCAAUGAAUGUCCCUCCAAUGGUGGCACCCCCAAUAUCUUUCCCGGUGUCAGCACCUCAAGUGCCUAUGUAUGGAAUGGUACCUGCAAUGGGAACUGUGCCUAUGGUAGCACAACAGCCAAUGAUAUAUCCUCAAGCAGUAAUGCGGGCAACUAAUCCUUUUGCGCCAGUUAAUGGGGCUCAGUUGCAGUUCAUGUAGAGACUACAAUGAUGUAUCAACCGCAGAGUUUUCAGUAAGCAUCAAAUAUCUGGAUGAAGGCAGAUGAAAACAGACCAAGACUUGGGGCUUAUUCAUCAUUUUAAAAAUCUCAUUGAAUUUACAUUAUCUUACUGCUUCCUAAUCUAACUUUUUAAUGGUGAAAUACUGAAUGAAAACCGUCUGAUCUGUAUUGAAUGGUCGUUAUCUGAGUGAGCAGGCCUGAAAUGAUGUUCAUAUUUAUUGACCUGUUCAGUGUGGUUUAUUUUCUCUCUGCUGAACAUAAUUGAAACAACUCUUGAAUCUAAUCAAAAGUUACCAGUAAUAUUAACAAGUAAAUGGAAAUCUGAAGAGGAGUCAUUGGACUCAAGCAUAUUCCUAAACAAUUCUUAGAUCCUGUCAGGGUGCUUGAAUUGGAUAUUAACCUACUACCAGAUAAGUAUUUCAAUGCACAACAUUGAAAAUUAAAGUUUCUAUUGACAGCUGUUUACUUCCCUGUUCAUUUGAUCAACUUGGGAGAAUUUCAUCCUUUUGUGACCGGGUGUAUUACAUGAUUUUGUUUUGUCAGGCAAGUUACUGGGGAAUAUCAUUGUGUUUUGCUGUGCAUAAAGUGAGUAUUAAUUUUACAGUAUGUGUGAAAGGAAAAUAUACGUAUACAUGUGGUGUUUAUUUUGAACAACUGCAAAUCAUGAAAUGAAUGUUUUUCAAAAGUUAUCACCAACUUUUCUUGAUAUUAAAGAUAAGACUGUAGAAAUUGAGCAUUUUCAAAUUAAUGCAAACUAGGUUGAAGAAAUAUGUAGCACCCAACUUCUGCUUGAUGGAUCUUGGAAAUGGUUUAGUUAGAGACUGCUUAUUCUAAAUACAUCUGAAAUUGAAUUUGCCAUCAGCACCAAGAUCUGAUGGGUUAGCAUGUACUGGCUUCGGUUGACUACAGAACAAAUUGUGGAAAUCAUCACGAUUGUACUACUUGGGACAUCUGUUGAAAAGCACCAUGUGCAUUUAGAGCAACUGUAACCAAGUUAAUUAUCAAUUUCUGAAUGUGUGUACACUUCCUCCAAGGUCCUGCAUCCAUAAAAGUUUAGUGUUAAAACUCGAGUUAGUCAAGGAUUCUCUGAUGAAGGUGGAUUCCUUGAUACACCCCCUUGAUUAUACUAAAAGUGUUCAUGACAGGUGACUGAAAUUUAAUUUGAUUACUGUUCUCCAGCUCCACUCUCCAUCUCCUCAUUGGGUUUAUGGCAAUAUUAUACUGUUAACUAGCUCUGUUUAUAAAUAAGUUUCAACUUACAAAUACUGUAACUUUGAUUUUUGAGGAUACAUUUUUAAAAGGACAGUUCAGCACUGGAAUUACAGAAAUGUAUGGUAAGAAUUGAUUAACCAACAGGACGAUAUGCAAAUAUUUUGUAUCAAGCUACUUAAUACAAAAUGUUCAAGUUAUAGGAAGGAUGAACAAAAAAUUACAGGUGUUAAGUGGGAUUGAGUACCAUUUAUGUGGUAUUGAUAUGCAAAGUUCCAGCAGGGAUCUGUUUAAGCUCAAUUUUAUUGUACUCUUCUACUCAUUCAUAUUCAGUUCUGAUUCCAUGAAGUAAUCGAUUUCAAACAAAAUCAGAGGGUAUCCUGUUUUACGUUGCCCUAAUUAUUUAGAUUAACUGUUCAAUCAGCAACCUUUAUUAGGCAGCAGAUGGAUAACUGCUGGAAAAUGUUCAUCACCCACCCUAUACUUCUCUAGAUAGAAUCAAUUAUAGAUGAGCAUCUAUAUAUUUUCAGCCUGAGGUAAGUUAGUCUACAUAUAAGGCUUAAUUCUCAAAGUUGAAAUAGUAACUUUCCCCCUUCCUCCUUAUAUUGUAUUACUUGAUAUUUUGUAUCCUUUCUGAUGAUAUGCCUCUUCAAGUAAGUUGGAAUCUGCAUAUUUUAUUUAUCUGUGCCAACUCAAAAUUAUCCAGUUGUAAUUAGUAAGCCUUUACAAUUUCUAAAUAAGAUCCUGCUAAAGUAAGUGAAUUAUGAUAUCUCUGAACUUACAAUAGCUACUCAGUAAUAUUUGUUCACAUUUUUGUGAUUAUUUUAUUUUAAAUUUAACAAUAUUUUGAUAAAUCAGGAAAGGCUGUAUUCCAUUGUUGAUAUUUUAUGCCUUUUAGUGUCAAGUUUUCCACCUACAUUUUAAUAUAUUACUUAAAAAAUUGCAGAUACAGUACUGAAGUCUCUGCUACUUAAGGGAUAAUUAAAUGUCAUUGGCAAUUUUUAUGUUGAAUUUCCCUAUUCAUUCCUUACUCCACAUUUUUUUUUCUUUUUCCUGCUCGGAGUUGGGCUUUACAUCAUGUUUUCUUUUGAUAGAGUUAAGAGGCAAAAAAAGGGAUCGGAAAAUAAUAUACAUUGGCUUUUGGCACUGUUUUCUCUGGAUUUUCAUCUAUAUACAAAAUUGAAAGAGUAUAUACAAUCAGUUCUUUUAAAGCAGGUGAUAGCUAUUCUAAUGUUUAAAAUAAACAUGCUAUUUACUCAUGGAGCACUAGGUAGUUAGUUUCAGAUUUGGACAAUAGCCUGAUAUGUGUAGAUUUACAUUGUGCUCUGGAAUGCAAAGGGACUCAAUGUUUCAAUAACAUUUUAGCUGAUGUAGAUAUCCAGGGAAGUCUUUUUAAAAAUGUAUAAUAUUCUUGAUCAAAUAAUUUGUAUAGUUCAAGAUGGCACUCAUGUUGAGAGUGAUAUUGAAACUCAUCAGAUAUUGUUGUUUCAGCUCUCAAAUGUAAAGAAAGAUUUUUGUUCAUAAGUUGCCUCAUUGUGAUGUAAAUUAUAGCAUCUUUGUUUCUGUUAAUAAUAACUGUUGAGCUUGUUUCUUUUUUUUUGCAUUGAAUUGCCUGUGUUAGAAGGAGAGGGGUUGCUGGCAGAGCGGCACAGCAGAGAGAGGAAAACCAAGUAGGCAGGAAAGACCUUAUGAGUUCAGUCUGUGUUUAUCAUUUUUGAAAGCUUUUCAUUUGUCAUUCUGCUCAUGAUCUCAUGUUGCCAAAUAUUUGGGAAUUAAUAACUUCCUGAAUGCUUAGCUCUGUUUUAGUGUGAAAUGCAUCAUAAAAUAAUCCUAGUUCAAUCUGUGGAGGCUGAUCUGGUCUGUUAUAUGAAAAUGCAUAAUGGAAGCAAUCAAUGUUAUCAUGAAUUUUUUAAAAAAGAAAAUACUGGAAACAUGCAGCAGGUCACUUUAGCAAUCUGUAAUUUGCCAUAUCUUCAAAAUUAGAGACUCCUGCAGGCUUCCUACUUGCGUGCAAGGAGAGAAUUAUGAAAGACAAGCUAGUUAAGCCUGAGAACUCAGAAACUUGCAAAUUAUGCUCAGUAUUAUGUAAUCAUAGUUUGCACAAGUAAUUUAUUUUUUAAAAUGGAUUUAUAACAAGUUAAUUAUAUUCAUUUUGUGGUAAUAGCAAAUUACAUUCCACAUGCAGUAGAGCCAAGAGCCUUCCAGUAACCAAGUAGAAGCCCCCAAUUUGUGGACAUAAAUUUACAAA